AUUACUAUUAUUAUUGUUUAUCAAUAUUUGUUGGAUGUUCAUAACUGUCAAGAGUAUCAUCUAUCAAAGAAUGUCAUUUAUUCAAUAUGAUAUAUUUCCACUGGUUUUUUUUUGUCUGCGUGUCUUGAGGUGAAUUGCGAGGUCGAUAUACCUGGACCAACUGGUCGCAGACCUGUAUAUAUAAAGAACAACGAGUUCGCAUUCGUGUAGACUCGAAAUCAAGUGAAGACAAUCUGGCAACAGUGGUGGAUCCAUUCAGAAAUUUUUCUUCAAUUGUAUAUAACACUAAGUGUAGUGGUUUUGACUUCAAAAUUAUUGCAUAAACUUGCUGGAUAUUGGAAAUAUUUUUUUACAAUUUUAUGAAUAGAAAUGGAUACCUUUUAAGAAUUCAAUGGAGAUUGAAUAUCAGUGGGAAAGAUUUUAAAAGUAAACCCACACUUGUUUUGAGUGGGAAAAAAUGUAAAAAGGCGGGAUUUUAUCCUCGUGGUGUUGAGAUAAAUACUUUCAAGCAAUAUAAAUAAUCAAGUUGUUAUAAAUAAUAUUGAUUAGUUGAUGAUUAUUAAAAUAGUGAGAAGAAAAAGAUUUAACCAAGUUCAAAGUGUUGAUGAAUGUAUUGGUACAGUGUAAAGAACCUUGAAAAAUAAUAUGAUCAUGAUGCUGUGGAAUAAAGAGUUUUAUUAGAAGUGUAUUGUAGGAAAGGAAAAACGUGGUAUGAAUGCCAUUAGAAACACAAAUUUGACAUUGAUUUAUUUUAAGCAGCAAAUAUUUAAUUAUAGAUGCAUAAAAGGCUUAUUAGAGAUCAAAAUAAGAAACGAACAAAAAUGGGUACGAGAACUGUGGGACUUGGAGUGAACUCAGGAAGUACUGGAGUGCAAGGUGAAGCUGGUCUUGCAGGUGUUCAACGACUUCUUGAAGAUCUAGCUCGACUCUCAGAGGACAAGGAGUCCGCAGACAUUGUUUUCCUCUUGGGAAGAGAUGAAACUCCAGUCUAUGGUCAUCGAAUUAUUCUACAAACAAGAUGUAAAAAUUUCACUGCUCCAAAAAGAAUCGGCACUUCAAGCAGCCCAACUCCUAUACGAAUGCCUCAUGCUCAUCCAGAAACAUUCCGACAAUUCAUGCAUUACGUUUAUACUGGAAAGAUUAUGCUCCAAGACAGUGGGAUUUUUGAGAUGCUUGGUUUGGCUCAAGAGCUAGGGGUUGAAGAAUUGUGGAGAAGUUGCGAGGAGCAUGUAUCAGCAACACUGAGUCCUGGAAAUGCUUGUGCACUUUUAACAGCAGCUCUCGAUGCUCAAGAAAGAGUUCUUGGUGGGAAAGGAGCUUGUUCAUCAUUCAUCGAACGUUGUUUUGCAUUUAUAAGUGACAACGCAAUGGAUACAGUCAAAACAACUGCAUUUUGCAAUUUACCAAAAGAUGCUCUAGUGAAGUUGAUAUCUUCUGACUAUCUAGGUCUUGAGGAAGAAGACGUAUGGCGAGCUGUUCUAAAUUGGGCUAAAUAUCAAGCUGGUGUUACUCAACCAACUCAACAUUGGACAGAGGAAGAAAGAGUAAGAGUUUGUCAACAUCUUGCUGGUGUUAUUAAUCACGUACGUCUUUUAUUAAUUGACAGUCAUGUUUUUGCUGAAGAAGUUGAACCUACUGGUGCAGUUCCUAUUGAAUUAUCAUUGGAGAGAUACCGUUACGCUGCAGUACCAAAUAAAUAUUCUGAAAUUUGUGCAGACAAGCGUUUGCAACCACGAAUUGGCCCUCUGUUAUUUCCAGGCUCUCAGAUUCUCUCUCGAGAUAAAAUGGGCUAUCAGAGAUUGCUAAAUCAAUGGUAUGGUUGUCCAAAACAAAACUGGCGUUUGAUUUAUCGUGCGUCAAGUAAUGGAUACUCUGCUGCAGCUUUCCAUCGUCAUUGUGAUGGAAUCGCACCCACUUACACUAUAGCAUUGGGCACACGUGGUGAGAUAUGUGGAGGUUUUAGUGAUGUUGCUUGGGAUAAAACAAGUGCCAAGGGCCUCUAUAUAUCUUCUGAGAAAGCUUUUCUCUUUACUCUCACAAACAAUCAAGACGUUCCACCAACGAAAUAUGAUCUCAUCAAGAAACCUUUUGCUAUUUGCUAUCAUCCAGAUAUUGGCCCAAUAUUUGGAGCAGGAGCUGAUCUAUUUAUUUCCAACAACUGUAAUGUCAAUAUGGAUAGUUACAGUAAUCUUCCUCAUAGUUAUGAUGGUGAAAAUGCCUCUUGCACUAUUUUAAUGGGAGACUAUCACUUUACUGUCCUUGAUUAUGAAGUUUUUACACUAAAUGGUCCUAUCUCCAAGGCAGAUAGGCAUUAAUAUCAAUUAUUAUUGCUUCAUGGAAAAAAGACAGCAACAAGUAUGAGAAUAAUCAAAUUAUUAUCGAUGAUUAACAAUUAUCCUGUGGACUGUAAAUAUCAAGAACAAGUUCGAGAUUCUUCUUUUGUAAGCGUAAGUCACCUUCAUAUUCCCUUCCUUAUUUUUUUACAAUUCUGCUCCUAUCCCUAUAUUUUCAAAAAUCAAUCGAAACAUCAAUAACUUAAGUGUUUAAAAUAAUACUAG